AUGAAGAAGUCUUGUCUGUUGAACAGUUUAUCCAACCCUAUUUUUCCAAUUCAAACACAGUUUUGUUUUAUUCAUUUAACCAUACAAGAAUUUCUUGCUGCAAGACAUGUGACUGAAAAACUUGCUCCACCUGAAAUAAAGAAGUUUAUUUCCGAUCAUGUUGGAAGUGGUAGAUGGCAUUUAGUUCUUCAGUUCAUUGCAGGACUUUUGGGUAAGAAAAUCGAGAUGUUUAAGUACAAAGAUUGUGUUUCGGCGUUUGCAGAAAGUAUCAAAGUUACUCAUGGUGAAAUUAAACUUAAUUACAAUCAAGUGUUUGCAAUGACAUGUUUAAUGGAAGUGGACAAUGGCAAGAUUGCUAAAGAAGUUUGCGAGACAACUGCUUUGAACGAUGUUGUAAGGCUUGAUAAUGAUAAUUAUCGUGCUUCCCCAAGUGAAAUGGUAGCGGUAAGUUUUUUUUGCGAACACAUGAAAAACUUGGCAAGUUUAAAAUUAGAACCGACCAAUGCAGGCAGUGCUGAGGAAGUCCUAGAAUUGCUGCAAAAAAGAUGCAUAAAGCAACUAGAAUUGCGUGGAUUCAUUGGACUUUUGAACAGAGAACAUGUAUUCAGCGCAUUAAUAAAAUUAAACUGUACGUUGAACCACGAACACACUAAGCUGACUUCAUUAAAGCUCCCGACUUGUUUGAUUACCGAAAGAGAAUUACCAAACAUGUGGAUGUUUUUCAAAAAUGGGCAUGCAAGUCAUCUUGAGGAAUUAUAUCUAUAUCACUCCGCAGAUUUAUUUGGCAUAUCGAAACUUUAUGAGGCCCUUAACAAUGACAAUUGUACAGAACUUACAUGUCUGUACCUUCCAUGUACAAUUUUAGAGUACGAGGAGGCAAGUGUGUUGUUUGAUACUCUGACUAAAGGACUUUGGAAGCUUACCAAGUUGGAUGUCACUGCGUGUGGGUUAAGAGAUCAAUGUAUUCCUACGCUUGUUAAGGCACUUCAAGAUGAACGUUGUCAACUGACUGUUCUAUUACUGGAGAAAAAUGACAUAGGUGAUGAAGGUGCAUGUAUGUUGUUUGAAGAUGCCCUGACAAAAGAGCAUUGUAAGCUUACUGUGUUGAAUCUUAGAAUGUGUUGGUUAACGGAUCAAUGCAUACCCAGUUUGUGUAAGGCGCUGCAAGAUGAACGUUGUCAACUGACUCAUCUAGCACUGGGGGAUAAUGACAUAGGUAAUAAAGGUGCAUGUAUGUUGUUUAAUCAUGCCCUGACAAAAGAGCAUUGUAAGCUUACUAAGUUGGAUCUUAGUUCGUGUUUGUUAAGAUCUUGUUGCAUAUUCAGUUUGUGUAAGGCACUGCAAGAUGAACGUUGUCAACUGACUGAUGUAAGACUGGAUUGGAAUGGCAUAGGUGAUGACGAUGCAUGUAUGUUGUUUGAAGAUGCCCUGACAAAAGAGCAUUGUAAGCUAGCUGAGUUGAAUCUUAGUUCGUGUUGCUUGACAGAUCGUUGCAUACCCAGUUUGUGUAAGGCACUGCAAGAUGAACGUUGUAAAUUAACUAAAUUACGGGUGAGCUUAAAUCAGUUUACGGGAAAGGGUAAAAUGUUACUUGAUGAUGUACAGGAAUAUCCAAGUUGUAAAAGCAGAGGUUUACUACUUAAGACUGGUUGGUAA